GUGCACACUGGCCACGCUUGCUUUGUAAAAAAAAGGAAAUUAUCUUUAAUUUUUUUUACUACGCAUCCGUAAAAUAAACUGCUAACAUGUCGGGGCGACAUAACAACAAACUGCCUAAUAAUUUGCCACAACUGCAGAAUCUCAUCAAGAGAGAUCCACAGUCAUACGUGGAUGAGUUUCAGCAGCAGUACCGGCACUACCAGUCCAAUGUACAGAUCUUCAAACUGCAGCCUGACAAACCCAACAAGGAGCUAGCAGAACUUGUCAUGUUCCUUGCUCAGGUUGGUCACUGCUACCUACAGCAGCUGUCCUCCUUCCCCCAAGAGCUGUGUGAGUUAUUAAUGAGUCACCACACAGUCAUAGAGCCGGACCUCAGAAUGACUUUGUGCAAAGCUCUGAUUCUUCUGAGGAAUAAAGAUCUGAUCGACCCCACCUGCCUCCUGGAGCUCUUCUUUGAGCUUCUGCGAUGUCAUGACAAACUGCUCAGAAAGACACUGUACACACACAUUGUAUCAGAUAUCAAAAACAUCAAUGCUAAGCACAAAAACAACAAGGUUAACACGACAUUGCAGAACUUCAUGUACACCAUGCUGAGAGACAGUAAUCCCAUUGCAGCAAAAAUAUCUUUAGAUGUGAUGGUGGAGCUGUACAAGAGGAACAUCUGGAAUGACCCCAAAACAGUUAAUGUCAUUACAACAGCAUGUUUCUCCAAGGUGACAAAGAUCCUUGUUGCCGGUCUGAAAUUCUUCCUGGGCAAAGAUGAAGAUGAGAAGAACGAGAGUGAUUCAGAAUCAGAGGCGGAGGGACCAUCAUCUCGGGACCUGAUGGUGAGAUACUCCACAGGCAAGAAAACCACCAAAAACAAGAAGAAGAUGGAGAAAGCAAUGAAAGUCCUCAAGAAACACAAGAAAAAGAAGAAGGUGGAAGUAUUCAAUUUCUCAGCCAUUCACCUCAUUCAUGAUCCUCAAGAUUUCUCAGAGAAACUCUUGAAGCAGUUGGAAGACUCUAAAGAGCGCUUCGAGGUGAAGAUUAUGCUGAUGGAGCUCUUAUCCAGACUGGUUGGAAUCCAUGAGCUCUUCCUCUUCAAUUUUUAUCCAUUCAUCCAGAGGUUUCUUCAGCCCCAUCAAAGAGAAGUGACAAAGAUUCUCCUGUGUGCUGCCCAGUCUUCCCAUCAGCUCGUCCCCCCUGAGGUCAUUGAACCUGUGAUCAUGACCAUUGCCAACAACUUUGUGACGGACAGAAACUCCGGGGAGGUCAUGACAGUCGGUAUCAAUGCCAUCAAGGAGGUGGCAGCCCGCUGUCCGCUCGCCAUUAAUGAAGACUUGCUGCAGGACCUGGCCCAGUACAAGAUCCACAAAGACAAGAAUGUGAUGAUGUCUGCCAGGGGUCUGAUCCAGCUGUUCAGGAACCUUAAUCCACAGAUGCUACAUAAGAGAGACAGGGGAAGACCUACAGAGGCAUCAGCAGAGGCCAAGAUCAAAGACUACGGCGAGCUGGAGGCUAAAGACUAUAUCCCUGGAGCUGAAGUGCUGGAGGAGGAGAAGGAAGAAGGAGAGGAGGACGAAGACGGCUGGGAGAGUGCCAGUAUUGGUGAUGAAGAUGAGGAUGGGGAGUGGGUGGAUGUUCACCACUCAUCUGAUGAGGACACAGGAGAAGUGGCGGAAAAGCUUCAGAGUAUACCACUUGAGGAAAGGCAAGCCAAGGCAGCAGCGGUCAGCGGCAGCAGGCUCCUCACACAGGAUGAAUUUAAGAAGAUCCGUCUGGCCCAGAUGGCGAAGGAGGUCAACGCUAAACCAGGAAAGGGCCAGAAGAGGAAGAUAGUGGACAGUGAUGACGAGGGUGACAACAGAGGGGAGCUGCUGACCUUGAGACAUAUUGAGAAAUUACACAAGAAACCAAAAGAAGACAAGGAAACACGACUGGCAACAGCAAUGGCGGGAAGGUCUGACCGUAAAGACUUCGUAAAGAAACAUACUAAGCUGAACCCACACGCCAGCACCAGCAACAAGGAGAAGAGGAGGAAGAAGAACUUUAUGAUGAUGAGACACAGUCAGGGUGUCAGAACUAAAGGCAAACGCUCCUUCAGAGAGAAACAGAUUGCUCUACGGGAUUCUCUGCUAAAAAAGAAGAAGCAGUACAAGUAGGACACAUGGACAUAAUGUUUAUUUGCCUCACCUCGCUAACCUGAACCUUUGAUAUGUCAAAUUAUUGUACAUCCUUCAAGUGGCCUGUAAAACUCUGUCAGUUUAAUGUAUUAUUUUUCAGUAGAUGAACUGCAUAAAUACACAGUGGUCUGAAAUAAAUAAUCUUUGAUAA